AUGAAAACAUUUCAGCCAGAUAAAUGUCCUAGCGGCGAAGAGGACCUUAGCAAGCAGUGUUCCCCACCAACUGUGGAAGAACAGAGGCAUGUGUCGUCGAACACGGUGGAAGAGCGUGUCGACGAGGGAGAAGACUCGACGAGGCGCGGAUCCGCAGUAUCGCUGCCAUCGCGCCCGUCGUCAGGCCAUCUCGGCAGCAGCUGCCUCAUCCAAUCAACGUCAGUGGCAGAUUUUUCGUCCAGCGUCAAUGCGUCGAUCCCAGUGGCUCAAAAGAGGUGGGGAACGUGGCUGCGCGACACCAAGCUACCUCCAGAAUCCGCCACCAGGGCGGCUGCAGGCGCGUCCACGAUCCGUUCAGAGUACGAGAGAAGCACUAUGACGCCGGCAGUGUCCGUGGUCCAGCGGUCAAGCAGCCACGCAAGCGCCUCUACCUUGGGCGGCAGACCACACACCAGGGCUGCCGCACUGGCGGGCAACGUGCACCAGCCGGUGGCCACGCAUCCUCUGGCGUUCGCUCCUGCAGGGCGUGAGCUUCCCUGCAACGCAAUGUUAGUGCCUCCACCACCCACGAGAGGAUCGGUGCUCCGAAAUAUCGGCGUCUUUGUGGCUUUGCUGGUGUUAGCGUUCGUCGUCACUGUCAUCGUGGUGGCCUACAGGGCUUCGCCGCGCCAUGACGGAGGGACACUUCGCUACUGCGAGACGUGGGACUGCGUCCACCACGCCGAACUGCUCACCAGUCACCUGAACAAGAGUCUCGACCCGUGCGAGGACUUUUCCGCGUACGUCUGCUCCGCCUGGUGGCACUCGGCGGCAUACAGAGAGCAUGUAAAGACCCCGGUCGACGAGGUGGCCCUCGCGCGACUCGCGAACUUCGGGACCUUGCUCCAUCUGGGAAGAAUGAAGCUCCCCGUGGGCACCAAGGCCCUCGACAUGUACCAGUCCUGCAUGAGGGCAAAUGACGAUGCGGGUCUGUACCUUGAACACUUCCGAGCGCUCAUGCGAGACAUGGGGCUCAAUUGGCCGGACCCGCCUCGCGAUGACUUGAGCGCCCUCGACGUCCACCUGGCACUGUCCUACAAGUGGCAAGUGCACCUGUGGUUCGUGGUACGGGUGCUUGAGCUGCCGGUAUCAGGUAAAUGGCUUUUAGUGCUCGAACCGGCAACGGUCCUGCCUAUUCUAUUGAACCAGUAUGAAACCGUGAAGGAAAGUGGCAGCUACAAUGCGUACUGGAUGGGCUUUUAUAGCGACAUGCGCACUGACAACACCCCUCAGGUGAACCGUACUACAAUUGAAGAUACCAUCAUGGAGACCGACAAUAUGGACUACAUUGUGCUGAACAGCCUGUGUCUAUUGAUCUUUGCGCGCACGCAAAUUCAGGCCUCCUUUCCGCUGAAAAGUAUCGGUGAUCGUGCGCAACAUAUAACGUCAUCCACGUGGAUCACCUCAGUGCAGAAGAACAUCCGAUUAAGUCCAGAGUUGUCUGCUAGCGAUGACGUGCUCCUCACCAAUGAACGGCUGCUGGAGGUCAUCGACAGGCUCUUCCUGGAUUACACCAAGGGACAGCUCCUCAGCCACACUGCCUGGAGUUUCGUGCAGCUUUACGGGCCCGUUGCUAACCCUAAAAUGCUGUUGAGACACUUCGGCGAGACGUCCAAGGUGAACGCCUACCGAUCGUUCUUCUGCGCUGCUCACGUAGAAUCAUCGUAUAAGGUGCUCGUUCUCUCGCUCGACAUUGCCUCUCACAUGACCUCGGAAGAGCAGCAGACCGUGGUUGGAGGCUUCAAGAAGCUGGUGUUGGCUGCUGUCAACAAAAUUAACAACUCCAAGUGGUUCGACAACGAUAAGAAGCGGCUCGCUUGUGAGAAGUUGACGUCGCUGAAGCUGGAAGCCUGGCCGGCUGAGAAGUUGCAGACGGACAAGCGGCUGGAGGAAAUUUACGAGCAGUACCCAGACCAGGGAGAGUCAAAUUUCGCGGACUUCUGGAUUGGCACUCGCAGGGCCAUUUACUCCGCCAUGGAGAAGGUGCGCCACAUGAACCAAUCACGGGAAUAUUACGAUGCGUUGAGCUUACCACAAAACAAUCCCCCUUCUUACCCUGUCUACAGAUACGCCUUGCAGAGUGUGGCUGUACCAAUGUACAUGCUAAAAGCACCACUGUACUACAAGAGAGGAACCAAGGCCAUGUUCUAUGGUGGCCUCGGCUUUUUAUUGGCCUGGAAUCUCGCUAAGGUCCUACACGAACUCCGCAUUAUUGGUUGGCCCCCAAACGGUACAGUUGUCGACUCUGCUCUUUCCGACGACAAAGUGGAAGCCUACUACGACAAGACUGGCUGCCCGAUAGGCGAUGGGGUCGACAGCGCAUCUCCAGAGUUGCCGGCACUAGAAAUCGCAUACGCUGCGCUGGAAGGUACUGAGAGCAGUCAUGUCCAGGGCUUAGCCAAGGAUCUUCCUCCUAUCAAGGUGUUCUUCAUGACUCUGUGUUAUAUGGCCUGCACAGUACCCAGUUCCCAGAGUGCGUUCACAAUCAACUGUAACAAGAUUGCCCGCAAUUCGGCAAUAUUCGCAGGAGCGUUCAGCUGCUCGGACAAGGCGAAGAUGAACCCCCCCAAAAAGUGUAAUUUUUUUGGAUGACAGCACGCAGUGGAAGUGGUCAAGGACCGUGGACGCCCCUUUUCCACCUCGUGUUCUGUGGACCCCGAUGUGUUCUUUCUAUGACGUUUUUGUCCUCGGUUG